AUGAAUAAACAAACCUCUCAUAUGUUUUUCUUGGUUACUCUGAUCUUCAUCUUUGUAUCCUCUUCAUCGGCCAAUGCCAUACCAAAGGGGAUUGAAAAGAGAUUUCCAUGUCCUCAGUUAGUCGACGUUUGCACAUUUGUACCUAACACCUUAGACUCGGAGAUUGGAGGUGACAUUAAAUUUCAGCAAAAUGUCGAUUGCUCUGUGACAAUCUUCGGUGUACUCAAUUUUCUACCUAGUGAUCUUGAUACGAUCAAUUACCAAGUUCACAUAAUUCAAUCUAGAUCUAUAAUCGAGCCAAUCGUCGAAUUGGACGUAUUUCUCACACCCCAAAUUAACGCACCUUUUAUAACUACUGUUACUCCUUAUUUAAUAGAUAAAAGAGAUAAUUUACAUCUCAACUUUUUAGAUCUCGACAAUUAUAUAUGUGCAGUGAGUCAUAGUGGUGUAAUUCUUGGAACUGCCCCGAUCGACACGGCCCCUUAA